CGUAUUCCGUUAGCUCGUGGUGAACGAGUUACACUGGCACCGAUCACGAAGUCCUACGUUACAGUCUAUGCGAAUGGUUCGUUGGAGUUGACAAAAUCACUGAAUUUUGAAGUGGCCAGUGAGAUAUACUUUUCUGUGCAAAUCGAUGGACCACCUCAUGGUCAGUGA